UAUCCCUCCACUCUCACUCUCCUCUCUGUCACCUCACUUGUGUUUUCCUCAAGCACUGCGGACAGAAAACGCUGUGCGCGGAGCUUUAUAAGACACGGCACGAGGAGGAUGCGGACCGCCGGGGUUUGGCCAGCGACCGUCACUCUCCCGGUCCCCCGGGACUGAUUUUCGGUCAAAGAUAUUUAAUGGGCUAUUGUAUCGCCGUCUCCGCUGAUUUCCGUGGUUAUCUGCUCGGAUAUUGUAUGAUACGGCUCCACGAUGAAGAGGAUGAACCCGCGUUGGAAAUCGCCACCCAUGUGGCCAUCCGGAGUGGGCAGCAGGCAGCCCUGUCCCCGUGACACUGCUCUGCGCAGAGCAGCCAUCAGUGGCAACGUCCUUGCGCUCCCACCGUUCCAUGUCCCCACGGGAAGGAGUGUCCGGGUCUUCAUCUGUUCCAACCCUGAUGAUACAGAAGCAGAGAGAAAUGCUCUGAAAGAACAUGUCUAUCCCAAACUCCGAGACUUCUGCAGGGAGAACUAUGGCAUUGAAUUCCAGGUCGUGGACCUGUACUGGGGAAUUGAUCCAGAGGAGUGGGACAGUCCAGAGCUGCAGAGACUACGAAUGAAAUUACUGGAAGAGUGUCUGAAGACAUCAGCCGGUCCAUGCUUUGUUGGGCUCAUUGGAGAGAAGUACGGCAGCAUUCGGGUCCCAGGGGAGGUGGAGUCAGCUGAGUUUGAGAUGAUUUUAGAUGCGGCGGUGGAGGCGGGACUAGACACACGGAUCUUGGAGGAGUGGUAUUGUCGAGAUGAGAACUCAGUCCCGCCUGCCUACUACCUAAAACCGAAAGCUGAGAUGCUGAAAAACUACCAGAACUCUAUGGAGUCAAGCAGCGUAGCAAAAUCGAAGAAUGACAAGGCAUGGAGGGCAGUCUCAGAGGAAAUCAAGAGGAUCUUCAGAACCUCUGUUUUACAGCUGCAGGAGAAGGGGACCAUGAAGAGCGGUCAAGCCAAGAAAUUUCUCUGCUCGGCAUUAGAGGAUGAACUGGAUUUCGCAUUGGGCAAGCAGACCCCAGCCUUCCUCAAGAAAUGUGUAUGUUACAUCCGGAAGAUAUCCAACUUUGACCGUUUCGCUAAACUCCCCGAGAUGGCCCGCUACAUGGACAUCGUGGUGAGCGCCGACCGUGUCAUGAGAAACCAAGAAGCCUACGAGCGUCUUCUGAAAGUCAGAGACGAGUUCAUUCCAAUGGUGGUGGCAGCGUCCAAUCUUCGAGUCUACUCCUCCGUCACUCACUGUGACAUGAAACUUGGCUACUCGCAGGAAGUAGAGAGCCACUACGUCGAAGGUCUGUGUAAACAGUUUUAUGAAGACAUGGUGGAUAUCAUUCAGGCCACGGUCCAACAGAACUUUGACACAGAGACAGAUCCGGUCUAUGAUGAAAUUAUACAGCAUCUUUCUCUGUGCAAGACUUUUUCAUCUUUUUAUGUGUACAAGAGUGAAGCCUUGGACAUGGUCCAGGAGUACCUGUACCCCUCCAAAGGUGGUCGAAUAGCUCCCCUAGUGGUGUAUGGAGGACCCUGCACUGGAAAGACAUUGUUACUUGCCGAAGUGGCAAAACAGGCUUAUUCAUGGCUACAGAAAGAGAUGGGACCAGAAACAGACCCAGUUGUCAUUGUCAGAUUCAUCGGCUCUUCAGACUUCUCUGCUGACCUCCGCACGCUGCUACAGAGCAUCUGUGAGCAGAUUGCCACCAACUAUCGGUGCCUGAUCCACUUCUUACCAAACAAGAUCCAGGAGAUGAGGGAGCUGCUGGUGAAUUUGCUUGGGGAGUCAUCAUUUCACAGACCUCUUGUCAUUAUUCUGGAUGCCUUGGAGCAGUUGUCAGAUGUUGACGAGGCUCGGAAGCUCUGGUGGUUGCCUGUCCACCUGCCACGUACAGUCCGAAUUGUAGUGUCAACCCUGCCCAACAAGCAUGGGAUACUCCAGAAAUUGCGCAGCCUGAUACAUGACCAGGAUGCCUAUGUUGAAUUGAUGCAAAGAGACCGCAAGGCUUGCAGUCAGACACUUAAACAGCAGCUUCUGGGUGUCAAAAGGAAGGUGACCUCUGGCCAACAGAUAUAUGUGAAUGAGGCAAUGGCAAAAUGUACACUCCCCAUGUUCGUCAACCUCAUCUACCGAGAAGUAGUUCACUGGCGGUCACACAAGGAUGUGGACGACAAAUCAUUGUGUUCGACGGUGCACGAAAGCAUUGAACAGCUUUUCUACUCUAUUGAAAACAAGCUUGGCUCACGCUUUGUCUUUCGGGCACUGGGCUACAUCACAAUGGCACGGGCAGGCCUAACAGAGCUGGAGCUAGAGGAUAUCUUAUCUUUGGACAACAGUGUCCUUGGGGACAUCAUGGUGAGCUCUAAUCUUAAAAGCCCGCUACGUAUUUCUUAUGAUUUCAUAGCCAGGCUAAAAGAAGAACUUGAAGGUUAUUUAGUGGAGCGUCAAGUCCGUAAUGUAACGCUAAUGGUGUGGGCAAAUCGCCACCUGCAUCUUAUAGCACAGAAGCUAUACCUCAGUAAUGAAGAAGAUGUGCAUCAAAUGCAUAGCCUUUUGGCUGAGUACUUCCUGGGGGCAUGGGCAGGUGGUAGAAAGAAGAUAUUCCACUGCGACAAUAAUCACUUUGCCUCACUGAAUAUCUCACACCAACGAAACCCUCAUCACCAGCAGAGCCUUCAUGGCCAUGACAAAGCUUCUGCUGACAAGCACUCUUAUGACAGACAGACACCCGAACAACCCUGGGUGUUCCAGUGUAACUUGCUAGAGCCAGACAUCUUCUUUGUCAACCACCGAAAGAUGACGGAGCUUACAUACCACCUGACAAGGAGCGGCCGGACAGAUGAUCUCAUGUAUGGUGUCAUAAUGAACUUCAGCUGGCUCUACACUAUGAUAAAGAUAGGGCAGUUUGACAAGGCCCUGACAGACAUUGACUUAGCUUACAGUUACACCCAAGAAAAGGAGCUAAAGUUUCUUGCAACUACACUCCGCAGUAUAAAGCUUAAAGUGACAAAAAAUCCUGCAUCACUGUCUGCUGAACUUCAGCAAAGGCUCCUUCCAGUUGUCACAUCUCUUCCCAAGCUCAGACACCUCCUUCUUGAAUGUGACAAGGAUGGUCCUAAAUACUGCUCCAUUGUGCCACUGCACUCUUCCAUGGAUGUCACCUACAGUCCCGAGAGAUUACCGCUAUGUUCUAGCUACAUGCAAAUAGUGGAGAUUCUACCUACAUUAGCUCCAAACAUAGUCAUUGUGGCCAUCGAAGAUGGAUCAGUCAGCACGUGGGAUGUUGAGAGCAGACAGCUGAUAAGACAGAUAGACACAGCGAGGUCGGUUGUUCUUGGCAUCAGGCUAACCACAGAUGAGAAGUAUCUGGUAGUGGCCACCACAAAAAAUACCUUGCUCAUUUACGACAACCACAAGUCAUGCUUGUUGUCAGAGGUGGAGGUAAAAGGGUCCAAGCACUGUGGCAUCACUGGCGGAGUAGCAUUCAUCAAUGGAUUCACCUUGUCCAGCCACCAUGCCUUAGCUUGGCUGGAGGCAAGCAAAGAUGUCAAUGUGAUUGAUUUGCUCUACGGAUGGCCAUUGUAUCAGUUUCAUUGCUGGUAUGAGGUAACGUGUGUCCAAUGUUCCCCAGAUGGAAUGUAUGCUUUCUGUGGACAGUAUCUCAACACAACCACCAUAUUCCACCUUGGUAGUGGGGACAAGCUUGCUACAAUGACUUCUGAAUUCUCUGGUGGUUUUGUUAAGUCCAUCCUGAUUCUAGACACAAUCCAUCAAAUGGUGAUGAUAGACAAUGAGGGUAGCCUCUCUGUGUGGAACACCAAAGAUAUCACAAAUCCCAAGCUGAUGGAAGAUUAUGACUGCAGAGGAGAUGAUAGUGAAGUGGUGGGCAUAGAGCUUUCUGAGGAUCAGAGAUCCAUCCUCAUCUGCAAAGCUAGAAGCAUCGAGGUGCUGGACACCAAGAUUUGGAAGAUGGCAGAGAAGUUUAAGGCCAAGCGUAGUGAGAAGUUUGUGGCAGCCGUUCUCUCCAAGAAUAGCCAAAGUAUAAUAGCUUCCAUGGAGAACACAUCAUCCAUAUUUGUGUGGAGGAGAGACAGUGGACAGUGCAUGGCCAGCUUGAUAGAGAUAUCUGGAGCCAUUGUAAAACUGAUCAAAUCAACACACCAUAACUUGCUGCUGUCUGUGGCCAGCAGUGGCGUACUUUCUGUGUGGGAUAUUGACAUUAUAACAGCCAUGUCAAAUAUUGAUAAAACUGGGAAACAUAUACAAAGCCUUCAGCUCUCUGGCCGAGAGGAUUUUGUAUACACCAUGGAUGGGUCCGAGGUCAUCCACAAGUGGAACUACAGCACAGGUUUCAUUGAGAUGGUGUACAAGCAUGAAGGCCUUGUCGAAAACUGUGUCUUGACAACAUCAGGUGACCUAAUGGUGACAUCUGAUGAUAAAAGUAGUCAGUACAUCUGGCAUACAACCACAGGUGAGAAUAUAUUCCGUAUCAAUGGUCAGAGGAUCUCACAGCUUCUCAUCACACACAAUGACCAGUUUGUAGUGUCCCUUUGCGAGCAGAAUGCCUCCCGCGUUUGGAGGCUUGCGACUGGUCACAAGGUGUGCAACAUUUUGGUAACACUCCAGCAUGCACUUAUUACCACAGCAAACACAUUCCUUGUGGGAACCAAUAAGAAUAAGCUGUUGGCUGUUAGCUUAUGGUCAGGCAGUGUCUCCAAAAAGUUCAUCUGUGACGAUGGGAUCACAAUUGUUAACUUCAAGUUAAUUCCUGACAGUCCAGAUUAUGUCGUCUUCAUCACCUCCACAGAAACAGUUUUCCUCUGGAGUGUUGCAGAUGAGUCUGUGUGCAGGCGGGUGCAGCUGCCAAGCAACUUUUUGAAGAACCUGGAGGAUUUCCAAAUAUCACCAAAUGGGAAAUUGGGCAUUGUGUCGAAAGGUGAUGAGAACAUUAAUGUCCUAGACCUGCACAGUGGUAAACUGCGUCUGGUCCAUGCUGCUGGCAUAAUAUGGCGGCAAAAGCUCUCACGAGAUGGACGCUACUUAGUGUACAUCUGCUUCCGCAAUUGCGAUGAAGAUGAUGAUGCAGGUGUGGUUUCAAGUCUGAUUGUCAUGAGAUUGGCAGAUGGCAAGAGCAUCGGCACCUGCUCCCUCUACAAAACGCCAACCUAUCUGUGCCUAUCACAGCGAGCACUUAACAUCAUAGUGGGAUUUGAGGAUGGCAGCAUUGGCACCUACACAGUCGUAGACCGUGUGGAUGCUGCUCUGAAAAUCAAGAUCGCCACCUCAAAUAGUCGCCAAAUAGUUAACAAUGCCUCACAGAAGGUACGACCCAAGUGUAGCACCAAUGCCUUCAAGACCAUUGCUGACUGUGUAUGGAGAGAAUCCACAGAGGUCUUCUCACGAGACAGUCCUAUCAAUGUGUCUGACAGUGGAGAACCAGAGACAACAACACCCACAAAGAAAACUGAAUUGCUGCAGUAAGAGCGCCCUCUGUAGGACAUUAGCAGGCAUGAAGGAACAAGGCCAGGUUUGGACACAGGUGAUUAUUGUUUACAGCAACAUUGAUUCAGCUGCACAGAUCAGUUCUCUGGGUAACACACAACAACUGGCCAUUUGCUAUUAAGCUGCACUUAAGCUGCAAUCAGUCACCUUGAUUUCUUUUAUCCAUCAUCAGCUUACUGUCACUGAAUUUAAUAGGAACAAAUUGACUACAAAUGUCAUUCAUUGGAAAAGCCCAUCCAAUCAGAUUUAUGAUAUGUACUUCCUUGUCAUGUGUAUGCCAGUGUGGCCAUAUUUCAGAUUUUGUUUAGUCAAAUCAAGAUAACGUCACUUUAUACAGAAGCAUAGAGAAAUGUAAUAGAUUUGUAGCCAUAUUAAAGUUGCUUCCAUUUUUUUUUUUUUUCUGUUUAUUAACGUUCUCUGGUACUGUACUAAAAUGGAAACUUAUGUACAUAUGUGUACAUAUGUUCUUUGGCUGCUGCAGUUUGUGCAACUACUUAAAUAUAUGUUAUGUUGUGCUAAAUGCAAUCAAAGUGAGUGCCUGGAUUUUAACAUUUUUGUUACAGAAACUGAUUAAGAAAAAAAAUGCAGGGAAUUUCUAUAAAAAAAAUUAUUGAUACAACUAUUCAUCAUUAUGGUUCAGCAUUCAAUGAACAUUUAGCAUACAAUGAAUACAAAUUUGCUUAAUUUGAAAUUACAGCAUCUAAAUGAGGAUCAUUGGAAAGUAUAUUUCAGGUAUUCAGAUUAUAGUCUGGAGUCAUUAUGAGCUUCUUAGUAAAUUCAGAAUGUGUUCUAGACUUUCUCUGACCAACAUCACUUGUGUAAUUUGUUCUAAAUGACAGACAGUAUUAAACCCAUCCUCAUAUUUAAUUCUAUACCCAUUCACCAAUUACUGUCACUAUACUGAUACUGAGAAGGUCAUCCUCUGACUCGACUAAAUCCAAGUAAUUAUAAGUAUUAAUGGCAUUACUCUUAAAGAAUGUGCAAUUCAUUGUAUCAAAGGACUGUACAGUUGUAUCAAGCUACAAAUGUAGAGUGUUGAUUUGAGGACUAAACCACUAUUGAGGAGUCAUGUGUAGCAUCUCACCAAGAGUUUCUACGCCUUAACGGUUGGGUCAUCCUCUACAAAUGUGUAUUUGUAAUUGUUCUUUGUGAGUUAAAGGUUGAUUGAUUGUGUGCUUGAAAAAAAAAAUUAUACUUUGUACUUUCAUGUUAUAGAUGACUUAGAGAUAUUUAUGAAUAGACCUAUAUGUUAUCAUAAACAAGGCUAAUUUAUGAAUGGUGUUUGCCAAGACAGUGUUUGGGGGUUGCACUUUAUUUUAAAUGGGUUGUUCCCUGACGUUGACUUUGAACAAGUGUGUCAUGAAUGCUAACUAUACGAUUUUUGCCUUCAGUUAUGGGUGUACUCUGGCAUGUCGCAAAAGAAAGUAGUUUCAACAAAACGAUCAGCCAUGCCCCAUUCAAACUCCUCUCUCCAUAACUCAAGGGCUAUUCCGUCGAAUUGUAUGUUUACCUCUUGAAAUACUGACACAUAGGCCCAUUUACAACCCACAACCUGUAGCAGUAUUCAGGUGUGAUUAGCUUCUCCCACUUAAGUGUUUAAAACAUAUAGAUAUCAUACAAUAUUUGCCAAAGUUUUAUUUAUCAAUUUUAUUUAAUUAUUAAUUGUUUUCAGAAUGUUAAAUGGUGUUGUUUGUGACCCUGCUUGUUACUUUUCUGGCUUUGUUGUGUUUUCUAGCAUAACUAUGAGAACAUGCAUUAUCUUUGCUAAGAUAUUGACAAAGUCCAUCUCUAUUAUAAUGGAAUGCCAGUUUUAGAGUAUAUUUGAAUGUGUCCAUAUGAGAGCAGUUGAACAGUAUAUUAUAUGUUAUGUAACUUGAAUGACUUUUAACUACAUGUUUGCAAAACAUAGUUCACAUACUGGUAUUGAAUGUGUUUAUUGUAUUAUUUGUAUUGUCAAGAUUGAAGAUCCCUGUUUAGAGAUAUAUAUUUUCAUAAAUGUUGUACUUACAUUUUGUUACAAAGUUGUUUAAGUAUUCUAGAAAAACAAAUAGCAGAAAAAAUGUGUCUGAAAGCAAUAUGACUUAGUGUGUAUGCAUUGUUUGUAUGGAACAUUUUAAUGUAAUAAAAAUGGUUUUCUUUCUGCCUCUUAAA